GAAGUAAUUCCUCGGGCCCCGAGUGUGCUCCGCCUUGCUUUCCGUGUGAGACGUGGAGCCGAGCGACCGAGGCCCAGAGCGAGAUGCCGGUGGCCGUGGGUCCCUACGGGCAGUCGCAGCCCAGCUGCUUCGACCGCGUGAAGAUGGGCUUUGUUAUGGGCUGCGCCGUGGGCAUGGCGGCCGGAGCGCUCUUUGGCACCUUUUCCUGUCUCAGGAUUGGAAUGCGGGGCCGGGAGCUGAUGGGCGGCAUUGGGAAAACCAUGAUGCAGAGUGGCGGCACCUUUGGCACAUUCAUGGCUAUCGGAAUGGGCAUACGAUGCUAACCAGGGCAGUAGUUGCCUGCUACAUCUACACCUUCCCAUCGGUCACAGCCCUUGUACUAUAAUAAAAAGAAGUUUUUGCUUCUCCUU